CGGUGAUUGCAGCAAUAUAAUGAAGUUGCGAGACCUUGGAACCAUCAUGAACCAACUGCCACUGAUUUUGCUUCUCUUUCCUGUGGUGUUAUCCUCCACAAAUCACAAAGAGCCGUUUCUAUUGGAGAACCAUCCCAGUGGAUUCUAUUUGCCAGAUGAGCCUGCCGAGCCGGAAUUCGCCGACUCGGAAACGAAUAUCACCGCUCAACUUGAGGGUUCCAUCUUCUUACAUUGCCCUGUGGUCAAUUCCGGGGAUCGGGCAGUGAGUUAUCCGAGUAUUUCGUGGAUCCGAUUGCGAGAUUGGCACAUUCUCACCAAUGGAGUGCAAACUUACACUUCGGAUGAUCGCUUCUCCAUCCUUCACAAGGAGGGCUCCUUUGACUGGAUUCUUCAGAUCAAAUACGUCCAAGAGAGGGACGCAGGGGUCUACGAAUGUCAAGUAUCGACCAACAGUGGCACCAUAUCGCGAAAAGUUUUCUUGAACGUAGUGAGUCCGGUGGCUUUCAUCUUGGGAGGGGACGAAUAUCACAUUGACCGAGGAUCACAAAUCUCUUUGGUCUGCGUAAUUGAAAAGGCGCCUACAGCUCCACAAUUUGUGUUUUGGUUCCACAACGACCGAAUGGUCAAUUACGAUCAAGAACGUGGCAUCACGGUGUACACUUCCCACAGCCCGGAGAAGACUCAAUCUCGGUUCAACAUCCAGCAUGCCAGUCCAAGUGAUUCCGGGAACUACACGUGUAAACCAUCCAAUGCCAUUCCAGCGUCGAUCCAAGUCUUUGUCUCUAAAAGUCGGGGUGUCCUCCAACUUCUUGGUUAAUUAGUCAAAAAGUGGUGUGGAACAAUUUUCGCAGACUAAUUAAUAUGUUGACAAAACGAGGUGGCAGGUGACUCGAUGACGUUUUUUCAUGCAUAUAACGGCACUUAGACAAUGACAUGUCUCUUUUUGUUAAAAGUGAACUUGGCGUCUUUUUCCUCCUAAAACCUUGUUGAAACAGAGAGUCUCCCCCUCAGAAUAUAAUCUCGUCAGAGUUGCAUAACUGUCUUCUCAUUUGAUUUAUCAUCCCUCAAGCAGAAAGCAAAUCAUGGUGAAUCGAUCUUGACAGGACGUGAGUCCGCUUUCUUUUCUGGCUUGAAAGUGCAUUGCGGAUUUAUUGGGAUUUAGAUCAGAGAUGGAAGACUUCAAACUCAUAUUUGAGGCCUUGAAGUAAGGUCUGAUGGUCGAGAACAAGGUUUCUUGGCCUCAGAAUGCAGGUAGCCCCUAACGUGAGAAUCUCAUUAAGCAAAGCCUCAACAAGAUUCACGAGUUGCCUACGAAAUUGUUCCCAGCAAGAAAUUGGAUCCAAUUUCUCGAGAACCACGAUUUAUCAAGCCAAUAUUCUUUUUCUCCCAAAACAUCUCUAUGUAUCAUCUUACUGAAACGACGAAGAAAGCAUCUGUCAGUUAGAUGGCAUCUUCGAGGAAAAUGAAACCUUGAAAGAAAGUUCUGUCUCCCAAAAGGCACUUAAAGCUAAUUCAUUUCCUUGCAAAACCACUAUGCUGUAUUAUGAUGAUUUCAGGAGAACAAAAAAUAUUGAUGCAAUCAAUGGCUGUGGGGGGGAAUUAUUGCAAAAGCCAAGAUUGCAACCGACCUUGGCUUUUUCUUCCGGGCAUAUUUCUCCUCCCAAAUGCACCGCACUCACUACCGAAGGGAGAAAUAUCUCAUGUCUGGAUUUGCUACCAUGAUUUAUCACGGGCUUAGAAUGGCGAAUGUACAGUAUGUACAAGAAAUGUGCAACAUCUUGUAGCGAGCAUCCAACAAGUGAUGCAUCACGCCUUCAGGUGAUAACAUCAUGUUCCAGAUCGGCUUGUCUGAGAGUCAUCUCGUGGGGUUUCUUUCCGCCCCCACAUUCUGCAACUCAGUCCAAAGUGCCCAGACAUUUGGGUCUUCCACAGCCUCCAUCCUUUCAUCUUGCCUGAUGUUUAGAGCUUUUAAGUACUUUUUGCUUUUGAAUGAGACUCUUCAAGUGACCAACGUUGUCUUUGUCUCUGAAAAAGCUUCUAGACGAUUAUGGAUAUAUGGGUGAUCGCCUCAUGUUUUGCUUUAAGUUUACUUAGGAGCUGGAGAUGAGAUAAAGGUACUUGGUUUAAGGUCUGGAGAGUAUGACAAGGUUAGAAAUUGAAUUGGAAAAGAGGGCCAAGUAUUCAAAGGCUUCAAAUUUGACUGACGCACAUAACAUAGAGGAAGAUCAUUUGCAUCAGAUUUCGAUCUCCGGUAAUCCUGGAUAUUGAAGAUUGUAUCCGAGAAUGACGGAGAGGUGCAUGUGAGGUAGAGUGAGUUGGCAAAUAUUUACACUACCAUCCGAUCUGGCUUGGCUUCAAUGAAACUCCCGUCGACGUUGCAAAGGAAAUGGUUUAAACUAUUUGGAGCGAUUUUUUUCGGAGGAAAUCUCUUUGUCUCAAGUAGCCAAUACAUUAUCGAAAGCCUUUGCUAAGACAUGCGUUGUCACUUCUAUCGUCACAUGAACGCCGAUUUCUAUUUCGUUUCAGUGGACAAAAUGGAGGCUCUCCACAAGCAGAGUUCAUUGCUCAUCAAUACCCCGGUGGACACUUCACAGGGCACUCGGACCGUGUUUCCCUCGGGGCUUCAUCUCUUACCAAUUCUUUGGGGUUGCUUUCUCGUGAGACCCCAGCUU